AUGGAAGCUGCUCUUGCAGCUUUCGCUGUUCCUUUGCCGCGAACUCUCACUACUAAACCUCGAUUCACAAGCUCCUUCUCCAAUCCGAAACCCAUUUCUCUACUUUCCUGUAUCUCCAAAUCCCGGAAGCCUAUAUCCGAUGGAUUUAAAACCGCAGUAUCAACAUCACCAUCACCAUCAAUCGCCACCCCGACGAAUUCUCCGCCGGAAUCCGAAACCCGAGACGAAUCCGAGUCGGAUAAGUUCGAUUGGUACGCUAAUUGGUACCCGGUUAUGCCAAUUUGCGAUCUGGACAAGAAGGUUCCACACGCGAAGAAAGUUAUGGGGAUUGAUUUGGUGAUUUGGUGGGACCGAAACGAGAGCCAAUGGAAAGUGAUGGACGACACGUGUCCUCAUCGUCUUGCUCCGUUAUCCGAUGGAAGGAUCGAUCAAAAGGGGAGGCUACAGUGUGUGUACCAUGGAUGGUGCUUCAACGGAUCCGGCGAUUGCAAGCUCAUACCUCAAGCACCUCCUGAUGGACCUCCGGUCCACACAUUCAAGCAAGCGUGUGUAGCUGUUUAUCCAAGUGUGGUGCAGCAUGAGAUCAUUUGGUUUUGGCCAAACAGUGAGCCGAAAUAUAAAAACAUUGCUGAAACGAAGAAGCCUCCUUUCAUUCCAGAGUUAGAGGACCCAUCUUUCACUAAGUUGAUGGCAAAUCGAGAUAUUCCUUACGGGCAUGAUGUAUUGGUGGAAAACCUCAUGGACCCGGCUCAUGUUCCCUAUGCACACUAUGGACUAAUGCGGAUUGCUAAACCAAAAGAGAAGGUUGACAGAGAAGGUGGGAAACCACUUGAAAUCACCGUGAAAAGACUAGACAACCAAGGCUUCUUUGCAAAACAAGAAUGGGGUUAUGCUAACUUUAUCGCGCCAUGUGUGUACCGCGCAUCGACAGAGCCGUUAACAGAGCAGGACAACGAGUCUGUCACACCAGCUGCAUCUGACGACAAGGCGGCAUCGGCAAAGCGCAAACUGUCGUUGAUCUUUAUAUGCAUUCCGGUUAGUCCAGGUCGCAGCAGGCUUAUAUGGACGUUCCCGAGGAAUUUCGGCGUAGCUAUUGAUAAGAUUGUGCCUAGAUGGGUGUUCCACAUUGGUCAAAACAAGAUUCUAGACUCAGAUUUGCACUUGCUUCAUGUCGAGGAGCGGAAGAUACUAGAGAAGGGUCCUGAAAACUGGCAAAAAGCUUGCUUUAUCCCAACAAAAUCAGAUGCUCUGGUGGUUACGUUCAGGAGAUGGUUUAACAAGCAUAGUGAUGCUCAAGUCGACUGGAGAGGAAAGUUUGAUCCAUCUCUUCUUCCUCCUACGCCUCCUCGAGAACAGCUCUUCGACAGGUAUUGGUCGCAUGUUGAGAACUGCAGCAGCUGCAAGAAAGCUCACAAAUAUCUGAAUGCGCUUGAGGUUUUCUUGCAAAUCGGAUCGGUUGCUUUGAUCGGAGUUAUGGCCGUGGCGAAGCAAAUCACGUUGUCUAAUGCGGCAAGGAUCGUGGUGGUUGUGGCGGCUGUUUUGAGUUUUGCGGCCUCGAAGUGGCUUUCACACUUCAUCUACAAGACAUUUCGGUACCAUGACUACAACCAUGCUCUUGUCUGA